UGAAAACCAAUACUGAAAUUCAAGAAGAUAUAGAGGUCGAUCUCUCAAUACCCUUAUUUGAGAUAGAACCCUAACAGGCGAAAGAAAGUCUUCCAGUGCGGCCCAACUACGAUCUCCGACCACUAAACGGAACACCAAAUAUCCUUUUCAAAAGACUAAACUGCUCCUAGAAUUCAAAAACCUGGAUACUUGAAUCUUUUCAUGAAAAUUCAGAACAAACUAAAAAUAGAUCUUUCAUCCCCUUUAAAUUUUCUUGGUUCUCAAUCUCCUUCAUGAAUGGCGCUCUUUUGCUUAAACCCUUCAAAACCCACCAGAGAAAACUCCAAUAUUUCCUUCAAAUCGACUCCUACACCAGCCAACUCACAAAAGAAAAAGCUCAGACACAUUCUCUUACUUCUCUACAAUGUGGAACUCUCUUACAGUUAUUUACCAACUCCAAAUCAUACCAUAAAGGUAAGCAGCUCCAUGCCCACAUGAUUUCUUCGGGCCUUCUCGUUGAAAACACUUACCUAAAUACCAAACUUUCUUCCUUUUAUGCAAUUUGUGGUAACAUGAGUGAAGCCCGUAUUAUUUUCAAUGAUAUCAUAUUGAAAAACUCGUUCUCAUUGAAUUGCAUGAUUAGGGGAUAUGCCUGCAAUGGUUUCUCUUUGGAUUCCCUUGCUCUGUACCGUGAAAUGUUGUUUUUUGGUCAAAAGGCAGAUAAUUUUACAUACCCUUUUGUUCUCAAGGCGUGUGGUGAUCUGUUGGAUGUGGAAAUUGGAAGGAAGAUCCAUUCUGAGAUAGUAAUUCGUGGGUUGGAAUCUGAUAUCUACGUGGGUAAUUCUCUCCUGUCAAUGUAUUCCAAAUGUAGGGACAUGGAGGCUGCUAGGAAGAUGUUUGAUAGAAUGCCCAUCAGAGACUUAACUUCUUGGAACACAAUGAUUUCAGGGUACACAAAAAAUGGAAACCCCGAAGGGGCUUUAUUGAUUUUUAGUCUGAUGAGUAGAUCUGGAGAAAGAGCAGAUUGUGCAACAUUGGUCACCGUCCUCCCUGCUUGUGCCAAUAUGAGGGCAUGGAAGCUGGGUAGACAAAUGCAUGGUUAUAUUAUUCGAAAUAAUUAUGGACUUCAUAUUUCUGUGAUUAACUCUCUCAUCUAUGUAUAUUGUAAUUGCAAUUUUAUGGUCUAUGCAAGAUGGUUAUUUGAGAAGUAUGAGAGAGAUACUGUCUCAUGGAAUUCCAUGAUUUUGGGUUAUGCCAAGAGUGGAGAUGCUUUUGAAAGUCUGAGACAUUUUAACCAAAUGCUCUCAGAAGGUAUAGAGCCUGAUCAAGUUACUUUCAUUGCUGUACUUGGAGCUUGUGAUCAAAUUACAGCUUUGCAAUUUGGCAUGUCUGUUCAUGCUUUUCUCACUAGAAAAGGAUUUUCUGUGCAUACAAUUGUGGGAACUGCACUUGGAAACUUGUAUGCCAAAUGCGGGAGAUUGGGCUGUUCAUGUCAAGUCUUUGAGGAGAUGCCUGAGAAAAAUUUGAUUUCUUGGAGUGCUAUGAUUGCUGCAUAUGGACUGCAUGGGAAGGGAAGGGAGGCUAUAGCUGUUUUUAAUCAAAUGAAGGCAAUGAAUAUUAGGCCAGAUGAGGUUACCUUCACAUCAGUUUUGUCAGCAUGUAGCCAUGCAGGGUUAGUGAAUGAGGGAUGUGAUAUUUUCUACAAAAUUGCAAAGGAGUACGAUAUGGAGCGUAAAGUUGAGCAUUAUUCCUGUAUGGUAGAUCUCCUCGGCCGAGCAGGGCGUUUAGAUGAAGCAUAUAAGUUGAUCAAAACCAUGGAAGUAAAACCUACACAUGACAUCUGGGCUUCACUUCUGUUUGCUUGUCGAGUCCACCACAAUGUCAAGCUAGCAGAGAUUGCGGCCUUGAAUGCUUUUGAUUUGAACCCAAAAGCUGUUGUUCCAUACAUUUCUCUCUCAAACAUUUAUGCAGUGGAGAAAAGAUGGGAUGAUGUGGAAAGAGUGAGAGCCAUUGUGAGAUCGAAGGGGCUGAAGAAACAACCAGGAUGCAGCUACGUUGAGUUGGAAAAGGUAGUUCAUUGUUUUUCAGUUGGCGACAAGUCACACCCACAAUCAGAGAGUAUAUAUUCCAAGUUGGAAGACUUACAUUGGCAACUCAAAGAGGCUGGUUACACCCCUGAUACAAGUUCUGUGUUAUAUGAUGUCAAUGAAGAAGUGAAGGAGAAGAUGCUUUGGGAUCACAGUGAGCGCCUAGCCAUUGCUUUUGCUCUUAUUAACACGGCUCCUCGGACAGUCAUCACGAUCACCAAGAACCUACGUAUAUGUUGUGAUUGUCACACUGUGACCAAACUCAUUUCCAAGCACUUGGGUCGAGAGAUUAUCAUGAGAGAUGCACAUCGGUUCCACCACUUUAAAAAUGGUAUUUGUUCUUGUGGUGAUUACUGGUGAGUACUUAUUGACCAAAAUUUUAUUCCAAAGGGACCAAAGAAAAACCAGGAUAAAGUUAUGUUGAAUUGGAAAAGGUAGUUCAUUGAUUCUAGUUGGAUACAAGUCAUACAGCGACCACAGCACUCCAUGACCUUAUACAUAAGGAAGGGGGAAGUCUAUGUUGACAAUAUGAUUAUCAAGUCAAAGACUAGGCAAGGGCAUGUGGAAGCUCUCAAAAAGUUUCUAGAAAGGAUCAAAGAAUAUCAAUUAAGGCAUAGCCCCCAGAAAUGCAUUUUCAGGCUUUCUCUGGAAACUCCAUUUUUGACGAUUUUGUGCUUUCUAGAUGUGGCUUCAGUUUUUGUAUUCUCUCCUUCGUUUUUCACUCGAGUCAUAGAGAAUAUAUUCCAAGAUGGAAGACAUGACUUGGACUCUCAAGGAGAUAGGAGACCGCCCUCAUGCACAAUUGCUUCAACCUCCGAAAAGACAGCUUGACACUCCAAGAAAGGGCAGGCACAUGCCCCUGAUAUAAGUUCUGGCUGUAUGAUGGAAGAGGUGAAGGAAAAGAUGCUCUGGGAUCAAAUUGAGUGGUUGGCCGUUGCUUUGGCUUUACCAAAGCAGUUCCUGGGACAGGCAUCAGGAUCACCAGGAAUCUAUGUAUUUUGUGAUUGCCACAAAGUGACCAACUCAUUUCCAAGCUGCUGGGGCGAAAAAUGCCCAUUGGAUCUACCACUUUGACAGUGGAGUUUACUGUUGCAUUGGUUAGUAACUUGCUGGGGAGUAAUUAUAUCACCAAAGUAUUGUUGCAAAAAGAGGUAGUGGAGUUUACUGUUGCAUUGGUAAGUUUUUUCCAUUCAUUUUUGUAAUCAUGAAAAAGCUCCAUUUUCAUACUCAUAUCUAUGCCCAUACUUGUUAUGGAUGAAAAUAUAAAACAAGGAAGAAUGAUUUUGAUUAUUGUAGAAUUGAGCAACAAUGUGAAGGAGCAUAUAAGGUCGUAAAUUAGUUCUAUAUUUAUUACCUAUUCUAGGAGUACUUUGUGCCUUUCUCUUUGAUGAAAGGAGUGCCUUUAAAUCUUUGUAUUUUUAUGUUCCUGUAAUCGCUUUAAUUCUCACUGAAGAGGAAAGAGUGCUAGAAAUGCUGAUUGAAGUUUGGAAACA